GCGCACUGUGACGGCGCGCGGCGGCGGCGGCGGCGGGAUGGAGGGGGCGCGCGCGGGGCGGACGGCGGGGCUGGCGCGCGACGUGCUGGAGCGGGCGCGGCGGCGGAGGCGGCGGCCGGCGGGACGGCUCCCGGCCUCGGCCCCGGAAGAAGAUUCAGAACGUCUCAGUGCAGCAUUCGCUUCAAUUGUGAACUUGAUGAACCAAGCCACAAAGGAAUGCGAGAAGUACUAUAGCUUCAUGGCAGCCUGUAGAUGCAAAGAGCAUGAAAUCAAACACAUCUGCAGAUACCACAGCAGGCAAGCAGGGCAAAGAGAGCUAGAGUCCUCCCAAGAAGAGAGGACGGAAGCCUCUGUAGCACUCAGUCAAGCUCAAACUUGCGAGCAACACACCAGACAAGCUUCCGAAGACAUCUACAUUGAAGUUUCUCCUGGCACCUAUUCUGUCACAGCAACCUCAGAGGACAUGGUGCAGCAAACCCAUGUGGUGGAUGUCAACGCAGGACAAAGUUAUGAUUUAACUUUUGUUCUAUGAAGUUUGUUAUUUCUCGGCAAUCACAGGAAUAAAAUACAAGGCUGUUUUAAUGCAUGUCAUGAACUAUGUAUAUCUUUUUCUUGUUAGCACUUUAAUAGUAUCCUCUUUGGGACUCCAUUUUUAUGGCCUGUAUAUUUGUUUUCUACUUAAUGCAGUUAUAUGCAGCCCACUUUGUACACUGAUUUUAUAAAUAUUUGUACAUUGUGUGCCUUAAAUCCAAUUAUGUGACUCCAGUUCCAGGUUCUUAUGCUUUAAACAAUUAAGAUACAAUCAGUGGAAUAAAAGACAUAAUUUAGUCUUUGUGA